AUGCUGUGUCCAUCCACCAAUCCUAGAGGUGCUUGCAGGAUGCUGGUCACUCUGCUGUACGAACUGGAGUCUCAUCUGGACUCCACAGAGGACAGCAGCUUCUUACAAGAAAUGCUGAUGGGCAACACGCUGCAUGUGCUCAUCAAGAUCCACGACAGGUUGCAGAGGUUUGGCGUCCAAAGACCUGAACCAUUCCAGCUCCACAGUCAACGUCUAGCACAAGAGUUAAUAGCUGAGCUGCACAAUCUGGAGACCAGAUCAGAGGUUCAAGAGUUGCUGUACGUUCUAUCUAAACCUCAUGUUCAGGAACUUCUGUGGGUGCAUGACACCGUGGCCCAAAAAAGUUACGACCCUACGCUCCCACCCCUUCCUCUCCAGCACGACCUGAUGGAAGAUUCAGUCAGGAUUAUUCGUCUGAUGAAGAGUAAAGAGUCGCUGGGAGCCACUAUAAAACGGGACGUGGUGACCGGUGCCAUCGUGGUGGCUCGGAUCAUGAGAGGAGGAGCCGCGGACAGAAGUGGUCUCAUUCAUGAAGGUGAUGAACUCAGGGAUGUCAACGGCGUGCCAGUGGAGGACAAGAACCCGGAGGAGAUCGUUCCCAUCCUGGCUCAGUCAGAUGGGGCAGUGACCUUUAAAGUGAUACCAGGCUCUAAAGAUGAGCUGGAAGCUGCAGAGAGCGAGGUCUUCGUCAGAGCGCUGUUUGACUAUGACCCGAAAGUUGACCCCGCUAUUCCAUGUAAAGACGCGGGUUUGGAGUUCAGGAGGGGCGACGUGCUGCAGGUCGUGAGCCAGGAGGAUGAAAUCUGGUGGCAGGCCAGACGGAUCGGUGACGGGAAGCCGAGAGCCGGACUGAUUCCUUCCAAACGGCUUCAGGAAAGGAGAGUCGUUUUGCAGAGACCUGAAGUUCUGUUCCAGUCAUCGCGAGGACUCAAGUUAAAUACGGAUUCUGAACACCCUGAUGCAGACUACAGGGCCAUACACGGAGUUCACAUAGCUGGUUUGAGGAGAAGUUUCCGGCGGAGCAAGAAGGAAAGAUGGAGAAACGUUGAAUCCUGCGGUGACGAGCAAAUUCCCAGUUACCAGGAGGUGGUUCCUUAUGUGAGAGAGCCAGGAGAUCCAUACCGUCCUGUGGUGCUGGUUGGACCCAGCGGUGUCGGUGUAACCGAACUGAAGAAAAAGCUGCUGCUCUCGGACCCCGAGCACUUCGCCGUCCCAGUACCAGACACCACCCGCGAGCGCAGACGACAUGAGAGAGACAGCGUGGACUACUGUUUCAUCUCCAAACACGCCUUUGAGAAAGAUAUCCUCCACCACAAGUUUAUAGAGUACGGAGAACACGGCGGGAACUACUACGGCGUCAGGCUGGAUUCCGUCCGCCGGGUCCUGAUGGAGAACAAGGUCUGCCUGCUGGAUCUGGAGCCUGGCGCUGUGGAGACUCUGUACACGGCGGAAUUCAAACCGUAUGUCGUGUUCGUCAAGCCUCCAGCCAUCGAACAGCUCAGGCUCAGCCGGAGAAAAGCUAAAAUCCUGACCGGCCUGAACGAGUCCACGGCGGUUAGGACGUUUUCGGACGAGGACUUCGAGGCCGUGAUUAACGCCGCCUGGACGAUCGAGGACAGAUUCGGCUACUUGUUCGACGGGAUCUUGGUAAACGACGACCUGGCCGCGGCGUUCGGACGGAUCAGAGCCGAGCUAGCAAAGCUGGAAACGGAGACAAACUGGAUUCCAAAAACGUGGACUCGGCUCUGA